CAAUAUUUCGCUCCGAUUUUAACUUCCUGUUUUCAGCUGUAUCAAGUUAUUUUAAUCGAAUUAAUUUCAUCCGGAAACAUGAACGUGUUUUACAUGUUGAGCAUUAUUGUCUGUUGCACUUUUGAAUAUUCUUACGCUGCUGAAAAUGAGCAAGCUUGUUCAAAAGCUCCAAACGAAGAAAGUACGUCUGAAAGACUGUCACGAGUUGAAGCUAAAGUGGAACAAUGUGAUAAAGAGAUGGAAAAGUUCGAGGAAACUAUACUUUCUCUCUUAGAACACCGCAAAGACAAAAUGGAAAGACAACUAGAGAAGCUGCGUGACGAAGUUGAAAAGAAAACUAAAGAGGGACCGGCAACACCACUAAUUGCAUUUAAUGCUUAUACAACUGACAACGGGUUCCACCCAAAGGACAAGGCUGUUAUAUUUCAACACGUUCUACUAAAUGCAGGAAGAGGAUAUAACCCGAUGACGGGAUAUUUUACUGCACCAGUCGCCGGUCUUUAUCACUUCACAGCGCAUGCGUGUAACCGAGGAGAAUUCUUUAUGGUAUUUUCCAUUAUGCACGAGGGAAACAAGAUUGCUACUAGCACGGAAUAUGAAGAAAAAUAUAGCAGUUGUAGUUCUCUCAGUGCACCGGCUGUCAUGGCGGUUGGAGAGCGUGUGUACAUAACGUCUUCCUUCGAAACUAGUAACCUACUUUCCGAUGAAUAUCGUUGGCCAUCGUUUAUGGGUGUUUUAGUGCGUGGUAAUCAAUGAAAAGAUUCUCUCUGAUUAAGCUGCUGGUAGCCAUCGUUUAUGAGUGUUUCAGUGCAUAGUUUAGCGCAGUUCAGUGCAUAGUAAUCGUUUAUUUGAGUUUUAAUUCAUAGCCUAGCAAUUGCCAUCGUUUAUGAGUGUUUCAGUGUUUUAUAAUAAAAAAGGUCACUUGGUCAUUUCACCAUAACUCGACGUUACGAACUUACAAAGAUGACAUGUACAUAUAUACCGGCGUAUGCAAAAUAAAGCAUAAACGUUAAUUUGUGUUAAUUUCGGAAGAAAAUCUCUUUGAGAUUCUGUCGAUUUCAUUUAAAAAGUCAGUG